AUGUCUGAAAGCAACUUGGAACCAUUUGAUUUUUUGGCUAAAUCGCCAUCCUUGUCUUCUCUGGGCACUGCUUCGCAGGCCGGGUCGGAUACUGACGACAAACCCAAUAAAUCUAGAGACCGCUCAGACACCGAGUCCACGUACAGCAACGAAUGCGCGUCUAAUCGUGGGUAUGGCACGGAUGAUACGCUUGCCGUCACUCGGGUGUUGGAGCAGCAUGGUAUCCCUUGCUGUCUGGUGGGUGUAGCUGCCCUCGUUUUCUACGGCGCUGGCAGAGUUCGCGAGGAUUGGGAAAUCUGCGUUCCAACAGAGCUCGUGGACCAGGCAGCAGAGUUACUCCAAUCAGAACCAUACGCCACGCAGUAUCGCCGGGUCAAACCGUGGCCCUACUACCAUCCCUGCUCUCUAAUCCACACAUACCACCGGUUCAAAAGCAGCGGGAUCGAUCAUUACUUCUUCCUUGUUCCCUCGAUCGACAUGCAGCUUGACUGUGACCCUUCCAACUUCACACGCAGUCCCCGAGGGUUGCCGUAUCCCAAGCUGGAUGUCUUUAUCCAGAGCUGUUUAGACACCGGUGACAUGCUCCAGCUUUGCGAUGUGAUAGACGGUACCAACGUUUCCGAGGAAUGGGGCGAGAAUCACCUGAACCUUAAGGGUACAAACGAUGUAGAAUGGGCCAAAGAGAAGAAUAAGAGGGGGGAGGAGUUUGGCGGAAAGUGGGCUCAUUCUCUCUUUGCCUGGGAAGGACGGAAAGACAAACGGGAGAUGUGGCUGUCAUUGGUGCGCACUAAGGAAAGCAGGCUGGACUGGACGAAGCCCAAGGAUGUCUUGAUCACUCAAUAUCGUGUUAGAGGCUCGCCGGAACCCUGGACAGAGCUAUCGGACAUGUCUUGA